GCGGGCGGGGCUCGGCGCUGGUCCCCCGCGCCUGGCGCGCCCCGGCCGCCGCCAUGAGCGGCUCGUCCGGCACCCCGUAUCUGGGCAGCAAGAUCAGCCUCAUCUCCAAGGCGCAGAUCCGCUACGAGGGCAUUCUCUACACCAUUGACACCGACAAUUCCACCGUGGCGCUCGCCAAAGUGAGGUCCUUUGGUACUGAAGACCGUCCCACAGAUAGGCCUGCUCCCCCAAGAGAGGAAAUUUAUGAGUACAUCAUUUUCCGGGGAAGUGAUAUCAAAGAUAUUACUGUGUGUGAACCUCCAAAAGCUCAGCACACACUCCCUCAGGAUCCUGCUAUUGUUCAGUCCUCCCUGGGCUCUGCCUCCGCCUCGCCCUUCCAGCCGCAUGUGCCUUACAGCCCCUUCAGAGGGAUGCCGCCGUAUGGCCAGCUGGCAGCCAGCUCCCUGCUCAGCCAGCAGUAUGCCGCCUCCUUAGGUCUAGAGAAGUUGGUAAGCCCUCCAGCCUCAGCCGCUGCUUCCAGCCCUAGUUCCUCUCCAUCUCCACAGCCUGUUUCAGAGCUUGACAUGUCCUCAGAGCCACCUCAGCUCACUUCCAAGGGAGCUGGUUUUCCAUCUACCCCAGUCGGCAAGAGCCCCAUGGUGGAACAGGCUGUCCAGACUAGUUCUGCUGAUAACUUGAAUGCUAAGAAACUCUUACCCACCAAGGUCACCUCGGGGACACAACUCAGUGGUCGCCAGGCUCAGCCAAGCAGCAAGACUGCCAUCGAUGUAGUCCAGCCAGCACCUGUGCACACUCAAGGGCAGGUGAAUGAUGAGAACAGAAGACCUCCACGGAGGCGGUCAGGCAAUAGGCGAACAAGAAAUCGUUCCAGAGGGCAAAACCGUCCAACUAAUGUUAAGGAAAACACAAUCAAGUUUGAAGGUGACUUUGAUUUUGAGAGUGCAAAUGCCCAGUUCAACCGAGAAGAGCUCGAUAAAGAAUUUAAGAAGAAGCUGAAUUUUAAAGAUGACAAAGCUGAGAAGGGGGAAGAGAAGGACCCUACUGUGAUGACCCAGAGUGAAGAGGCUCCUGCUGAGGAAGAUCUUCUGGGGCCCAACUGUUACUAUGACAAAUCCAAGUCCUUCUUUGACAACAUUUCUUCUGAACUCAAAACAAGUUCUAGGCGAACAACAUGGGCUGAAGAGAGGAAGCUGAACACCGAGACCUUUGGGGUAUCUGGGAGGUUCCUUCGGGGCCGCAGUUCACGUGGUGGAUUCCGAGGAGGCAGAGGCAAUGGGACAACACGGCGCAACCCCACUUCCCACCGAGCUGGGACUGGCCGGGUGUGAGGGUGCAGUACAAGGUCCUGAUGAGGACAGAAAAUGAACGCUACAGUCACCAGGAGAAGUGAUCUUGUUUACCAAGUCUGGAUGCUACUUAGCUACUUAGCUUUGGACUCAACCUAAACUUGGAUGUGGUCUGAUUAGAACCACUUGUUUUGGGGGAAGUAUUUUGUGGGUGACCUUGUGAAGGUAUCUUAACCUACAUUUUCUUCUUGGUUGCACACAGACUAAUUGUAAGGUUUUGGUAUUUUGCAAAAAGGUUUCUAUAGGCAAAGGCUCAAUCCUCACUUUGUAAUUUUUUUUUUUUUAAUGACAGCUUUGACUCUUAAAACAGAACCAAAUUUUAUUUGGCACAUGUGGUGUCCAAAUGUCUCUGCAACCCAUCUGGCCCCUGGUGCUGCUGGCCUGGUACCCCAACUGCUAAAAGUGGGAAGUCUCAGGAGCCAGGCAGGGCCAGCACAGGGUGAACCAGUCAUAUGGAGUGGGAGGGCCAAGGGCAGUGAAGGGGGGUGGUGGGGUUUCAUGGAUCAUGUUGUGUAAUGAACCAGUGAUGUUCAGUGUUGGAGGCUGACAGAGGGAUGAGUGAAGAAGUUCAUGUAGAGCCUGACUUCCACAGCUACUGAGGCUUAGUGUCGAGAUCCAAGACAAGGCAAUGUGGUGUGCCCGGCUUCCUGCCCUUGUCUGCCUCUGGCCCAGGUCAGCCAUUGUUAGAAGACUCUGGCUGCACCUAAGUAUUCUCAUCCACUUUGAAAUGAGCCAGUCUUUUUUUUUUUUUUUUUUUU